AUAGCAAACAGCGGAAACUCUGGUCUGACUUUGAGAGAUUACCGCUUUAGUGACUUAGAUCUCUACAGUCCUCCUGUCUCCGUCAUUCAGCCGUCGGUCAACUGUGAAGAAAGAGGACUAUAGAAAUUGGUCUAAGAUAAAAAGUCCAGGCAGAAAGACCCUAAAAAGGCGAACGCAUUUGGGCAGCUUCUUUUCACGUCUGAUAGUUAAAUCAACGGAGUCACUUCCCCUGUUAAUUUUCUUUACUGCAAGACCAUUUUCAGCAGGACGCUGGUCACCAUGUCCAGCUUGACCAUCCUGGCUGUGCUCGCCAUGUUGGUGACGUCAACGACGGCGGCGGCGGCACCACACGUUGAGAUCACAGCGAAACAGCCGCAGGGAAUUCAGUUUUCUAUCCAAGACCAGGGCUACUCGCUGGUUGGACUCCACUUCAGCGUUAACAAGGUCCUGACAGGUGUGGCUGCAGGUGAUUUUAACGUGGACCUCAGGACCAAGACAGGCAACAACUUUGUACACGAAGAGCCAAGCAUCGCCCUGAAACCUGGAGACAAGGUCAACUACUGGAUCCUGACCAUCUCUAGCACCACAGGGGAGGGAAACCAGUUGCUGGACCAGUCCUUUACUUACAGCGGACCACCAACGACCACAACACCCAAGCCCACCACCACCACCAAGGCGACCACCAAACAGCCAGCGACAACCCUGGCGAGCAUCAUCAACCCCAACCCACAACCCGGCUCCAACCAGAGUUCUGGGGAGUCAGGGGAGACAACCACAGCUAGCGGCUCACCUGUUGCACCUGACACGGGAUCUAACACUGGAGGAUCAUCAACUGGCGGAACAGGGGGAACAGGGGGAACAACUGUGGUAGUUUCAGCUGAUCCCUACAACAAGGAGGCGACAUGCACAAGUUACCCGUGUCUCAUAUUUGAGGACGAGUUCGAUACCCUGGACACCAAGCUGUGGGAGCAUGAGAUUACAGCAGGGGGUGGCGGGAACUGGGAGUUCCAGUACUACACCAACAACAGGUCUAAUGCUUACGUCAGGGAUGGCAAGCUCUUUAUCAAGCCGACUUUAACCACCGACCGGUUCGGUCCGGAGUUCCUGGAACACGGGAACCUCAACAUCUGGGGUGCCAACCCGACUGACACGUGCACCGGAAACAACUUUUACGGCUGUGAGCGCCAGGGGAUCCCGGGUCAGGUGAUCAACCCCCUCCAAUCAGCACGCUUGAGGAGCUCCCGGUACUUCAACUUCAAGUAUGGCCGUCUGGAGGUCGAGGCCAAGAUGCCGACAGGAGACUGGCUUUGGCCAGCUAUAUGGCUGCUGCCGAGAUGGAACGCCUACGGAAUUUGGCCAGCUUCAGGAGAAAUUGAUCUGGUAGAGAGCCGAGGUAACCUGAACUACAAGGACGACAAGGGUCAGCCUGCAGGUCUGGAAUCUGUUGGCAGCACGUUACACUUUGGUCCGUUCGUCGAGGCCAAUCAGUGGCCCAAGGCACACGCCUCUACAGUUGCGUCGUCUGGCACCUUCGCUGACAGCUUCCAUAAGUACCAGCUGGACUGGGACGACCAAUCAAUCAGGUUCACCGUGGACGGGACGGAGAUCCUCAACGUCAGCCCUCCGGCUGGUGGCUUCUGGGAGUUUGGAGACUUCGAGAACACCGGUCAGAGCAAGUGGGACAACCCGUGGGCUGCCGGUGGUCACAUGGCUCCCUUUGACCAGGAGUUCUACAUCAUCAUGAACGUGGCUGUGGGUGGCGUCGGGUUUUUCCCCGACAACUACGUCAACGCCCCCUACCCCAAGCCUUGGAACGACCACGCCGGACACGCCGCCACCGCUUUUUGGAACGCCAGGAACAGCUGGCUGCCGACUUGGAACUUGGACAAGGAGAACGGCGAGGGCGCCGCCAUGCAGGUCAACUAUGUGCGCGUGUGGAAAAUGGCGGCCAACCCUUAAUACCCAGCAUCCUUUAGUGGGGUGACCAUACGUAAAUUGUUACCCCCAGCCCCAUUUUUUGAAAUGUUUCCGUUUUAACAUAGUUCAUAACGUCGGUGUUCAAGUGACUUGUUAUAAUAGUAGAGUGUCUUGUCUAAUUGUUUUUUAUAUAAAAUAAACUAAUAGAAAACAAAGGGAAUUUCCAGUAGAGUGUUUGUGUAAUUGUUUUUUUAUUAAUAUAUUAAUAAACAAAAAGAAAACAACUGGAAUAUCUAUUCUAUAAAUAGGCCUAGAACAAAAAAGGGACAGGUUUCGUCUGUAUUAAUCAUUACCUGUAUGUCAUUAAAUCAAUGGCCGUUAAUCCGGUGUUAAUCUUU